AUGUUGCCUUCCAUCGCCAACCUGCUCGCUGCUGAGUCGAACGAUAGCUCGUGCUUCUACAGCUCGGCUGACGACGUGUCGUCGUCGUCCACCACCACCACAAGUCCCUACUCGCCUAUGCAUCACUUCUUGCACGAGGGCUUUGUCUGGGAGUCGCCAUCUUCUUCUUCCUCCUCCUCGCCGUCUUCGCCCUCGUGCUCGGACUACUCUUCGUCGCCCUCUUCGCCCAUCUUCGCCACGGCCACCGCCAAGUCGAAGAAGGCCUCGCUUUCGUUCAUCCUCAACGACGACGCCUCGCACGACAACGACCUGGCCGCCUCCUCAUUUGGUCUUCUGCUACCGCAGCGACGCACCGGCUCUGUCGCGACCACGAGCUCGUCCACCAACAACAAGCGGAAGCGAUCGACCAGCAACCACCUCACGGCGCCCAACAAAGAACGAAGGACGACGGCGACGACCGGCGCGAAAGAACGAAGCCCGCUGACCGCGGCGGCGCUCACGGGCCAGCUGACCGACGACCAGCGCGCGACGCUCGAGGCCAUGUUCGAGCUCGACCCGCUUCCCGGCACCUGCGCCAAGGUGCAGCUCGCCGACCAGCUGGGCGUGCCGCUCAAGAGCGUCCAGCUGUGGUUCCAGAACCAUCGCUCGAAGCUGCGCAAGCGCGAGAAGAAGCGCAUCGCCCGCGCGGAGGCCGCGCGACGAUCCGCCGGGAGCAAGCCGCGGUUUAUCUUCCACAACAUGAAGGCCAAGGCCCAGGCCAACGGGUUCCUCCAGCAAUUCGUCGUCGACACCCACUGA